AUGGCUGGUAUUAUCUGGUUGAUGCUGCUGUCAGUAGGUUUUGUUGAUUCUUAUGUAGUAGUAGAUGGAGAGUUAGGACCUAGGACUAGAACUUCUAUGACUUACAAAUAUGAAAGAACUGAUGAGGUCAAUAAAGAAUGUGCUUUUGUUUUAGCUUCUGCUUCUGAAAUGAAACCUGAUGAUAACAGAAUCUAUAGCAUAAAACAAGAAUUAUCCUUUUUGAAUGGAGAUUGGUGGCAAGUGUCCAAUGGGGCUUCAUUAAUGCCCUUUGAUGAUAGAGAUCUUUUGAACAAAUCAUUAGAUCUUCGAUCUCCGUCGAAUUUAGUUUCAUUUUGGGUUACUGAUGUUGAUCGUGCUCAUCGGUCUAAGAAGUCUGUGAGUGUGAGUGGUAUAUUGCAGAUUGGUGUCACCCUAGAUGGGUUGUUUUCGAGUAAACCCUACGAAAGAAGUCCUCAUUUUGAUAUAUGGCCCGGUCAUUCCCAGCUCUCUGUGUUGUUUGAAGGAGUAUACAUUGAAUCGAAGAAAAGUCAAGGGGAAAGAGUGAUGUGUUUGUUAGGGAACACCAUGUUGCCUUCUCGUCAGCAAGAGUCUAGUGAUCCGUGGGAGUGGGUAAAGGAAUCCGGUUAUACUAAUCAGCCACCUCUUAUGCAAGAUGAUCGAAUUUUGCUCGUGCUUCAUUAUCCUAUAACAAAUACACUGACAAAUAGAGCUAUUGUUGGAACCAUGAAAAGCUUAAACCCAAAAGCCAGUUUUAAGUACUUUGAUGAAGUUCAUAUGUCUUCUUGGCUAGGAACUUCUUCUAAGUACGAAUUUGGCUCGGAAAAGUUUGUGUCAAAAGCUUGUGAUCCAUACCCGUACAAAGAUAGUCUGAGUACUUACAUAAAUACAUAUAGAGGGCUUGAUUUCUGUUAUAUUCUUCAGAGAUUCACUCACCAAGAAGCCUUAACAGUUGCUCCAAACUGGAAAUGCAAUGGUACGGAUAAUUUUUGCAGUCAGUUGGGUCCAUUUAAAUCAGAUAAGGAGAUAAAGGCCACGGAUGGAGGUUUUAAAGAUGUCAAGCUUGUCCUUCAGGAUGUUCGAUGUGAUAAAAGUUCUUUUAAAGAUAAUGACACUUUCACAAGGGUCUCUUCCGUGUUUAGAGUGGUGUCUCCGUUUGAGAAUCAGUUCACCGCAGCACAAAGGACUGGACUUAACAACAUGACUCUUUCCGCUGAGGGAAUCUGGAAAUCUUCCAGUGGACAGCUUUGUAUGGUUGGUUGCCGUGGACUUGCUGAUGCAGAAGGCAGCACCUGUGAUUCUCGAAUCUGCUUGUAUGUUCCGCUGUCUUUUUCCAUAACACAGAGGAGCAUAAUCACUGGCCAUUUUUCCAGCAUCGAUGGAAGCGGUAGGCCUUACUUCCCUUUAUUAUUUGAGAAACUAAUUCGCCCUGUUGAACUGUGGGAUCAAUACACUGCUUCUCGUCCAUACUACAAGUACUCAAAACUCGAUGCAGCUGCUGCAGUCCUUGAGAAAAAUGAGCCCUUCAACUUUGGUUCAAUGUUUAAGAAAUCGCUGUUGACGUUCCCAAAACUGGAAGAUGCAGAUUCUUUUACAGUCAGCCUUUCAUUUCUUUCUGAAGAUCUAAGCCUUCACACAUCAGCAGUAGCGGAUCAAAUCCCCGAUUCAGCUCACCAAAGAUUUGAUAUUGAGAUGGAGAUUCUGUCUCUUGGUCCAAUGUUUGGGCCUUUGACAAAUGGCUCAAUAAGUGAAAAAGAGAACUCGUAUCAUGCUAAAGCUGAAUACACAGAGAAACAGCUUUUCUUAAAUGUUUCUGCUCAACUCAGUCUCGCUGGAACAUCAUACAACAACAUCUCUUUGCUUUUCAUAGAGGGGUUGUAUGAUCCGCAUGUUGGAAAAAUGUACCUCAUUGGUUGCAGGGAUGUUCGAGCCUCGUGGAAAAUUCUAUCAGAAAGUAUGGACCUUGAGGCUGGAUUGGAUUGUCUAAUUGAGGUGGUUAUAUCAUAUCCACCAACCACUGCUCGUUGGUUGGUCAAUCCAGCAGCUAAAAUCUCC